GGUGCGUUUUUUCCGCUGACUCGGACAAAGCAAGCCUGCUCAGGUAUAAAGGUGGAGAAGAGCCACUGUUCGUCCUCAACCAUCUCUUUUCUCUCAGCAUCUCUGACCACCUUCACAGGGCGUCUCCUCUGUCUACUAACGCAGACAAUGGCGGUUUGGCUCCAGGCUGGUGCUCUGCUGUUCUUGCUGGCGUUCUACACUGCAGGAGCCAAUGCUGCGGCACCCCAACACCUAUGUGGUUCUCACCUGGUUGACGCCCUAUACCUAGUCUGCGGCCCAAAUGGGUUCUUCUACAACCCUAAAAGAGAGGUGGAUCCUCUGCUGGGGUUCCUUCCCCCUAAAUCUGCUCCAGAGGGCGAGUUGGCUGAAUACCCAUAUAAAGAUUACAGUGAGCUGAUGGUGAAAAGGGGCAUUGUGGAGCUGUGCUGCCAUAAACCCUGCAGCUUACAUGACCUGCAAAACUACUGCAACUAAAACACCAGCAUGGCCACCACCAUAAACUCUCCCAACACCUGCUGCAAAUGAGACAAUGGCCUACUUGAUUAUGGGUUUUUUUUUUCCUAGAAAA